AUGAGCUCUAUUCCCAUCUACAGAGUCUUUCGUUUUGGGAAAAAGGCUUUCCGAAAAGACGUGCUGGUGGUGCCUCUGCUGAAGGAUGCGCCGCCCAGUGAGAUCUUGGUCUUUCCGCUGGUGAUGGUGGAGGACCCCAGCGAUGUCAGUUUCCUUCCGCGGGAGAUGGAUGAGUUUCCCAUGUUCAGUUUGGAUUUGCCCCUCUUGAUGGUGGUGUUGCCCAGGGUUAAGGCCGUCUUCCCCUCGGUGAAGCUGGUGUUGCCCAUUAGGGAGCAGUGCGUCUACCUGACCCAGAUUUGUUAG